AUGGUCACUACCACUCGACACAAACAGGCAAAUCUUUACGCUCCUCCAAAGAGGAACGUCGAAGUUGUAAUAAAGCGUCAACGGCAGUUGGAUAUUCAGCAAUUGGAUGACAACCAGCGCCAACGCGUGGAAGAAUUUCUCGCCGGAAAGCAAAUAAUUGACGAACUGCGUCCAGAGGAUUUCAAAAAGCUCAGCGAACUGGGUGCGGGGAACUGGGGCGUUGUAAGUCGUGUGCGUCAUCUGACCACAGGUCUGAUCAUGGCUAAAAAGACAAUUCGGUUGGAUAUUAAGCACGAGGUCCGCACGCAGAUUAUUCGCGAGUUAGAGGCAAGUUCUUUUUCAGCCGAUUUCCUCUUUGUUUUACCUCCAUAUCAAAAAAGUACUAGAAGCGCAUACACUAGCUCCUUCUUCUCGUACCCUGCUCGCUGUUGUAUGAUAAUGAGUUGUCAUUCCUUAGUAGACUACCACAUCCUACUCGAUACUUUCUUGUUUGUCUCCCGGGGCUUCUGUUUAGAUGGGGAGAUAUCAACAUCCGCAAUGAAAUUCGCACUUACAGAGCAACCAUUGAAGUUGUUACAUGAUUUAUCAUACUGA